UCGUUAAUUGGACCUGAAGCACUGCGGGUGAAACGCUACACUCCAGAGCAUGUUUCCAACACAAAAUGGCAGCGGAAUGCCUUUAAAGUAUCUACCGUAACAGGAAAUUCUUGAGAUGUCAGGAAUUUAUCAUCAGACAAAAACGCCAUUGGUUGUUGACACUGUGACAUGUUAAACACGUGCGCAGAGAGACGGUUGAACUCCUUCUUGUUUUUAUCAGUGGAUUAAGGGUUGGUCGGUCUUGUGUGUGUUGUCCGUCGGUCUGUCCAUCUGUAUGUCCGUCUGGAUGAAUGUGGGGUGUUUUCAUCCCUUCCCUGUUUAUCCAUGCAUGAUCCAGGGUUGUGUCGGGACAACAGGCGAGACUAUGUUAGUGGGCCCGCCACUGACGAGCAAGUCGGCCUUCUUCAAAAAUACACUGUGACAGAGGAUACCAAUGGAGGCUAUUUUACCGAUAACCUGCGUUCAUCGGCUGUGCUUGACGGUUCUAAUUUUACAAAUGAAAAACUCAAGCCUGAGGAUAAUGGACAGCCCCCGUUUGCUCCCCCACCCCAUUCGCCCGGCCACGCCCUUCCGCCGAAAGAUGAUGGGGGAAGGAAGUUAUGUGCCCGGAAUAUCCGAACACGUGAAGUGAUUCUUAUAGUGAUUGGUUGUGUGUUACUUAUCGGGGCCGCCGUCGGCACAGCUGUCGCCAUCAUUCUGAGUCAGGCAGAUUCAUCGUCUUCAUCAGCAUCAACUACAUCAUCUCCGUCCACAUCAUCAUCAUUAACAACACCAGCACAUAUAUCAUACGAUGGCAGUUUAACGUUACAGCAAGAAUGGAAGGGUACGGAGAAAGAGUUAAACACAAACUUUUCAAGUGAGAUGGAUAUCAUAGUAGAAGACACGCCUUUAGAGGAAUCUUACACAGGCUCUAAUGUCCGGAGUUAUAGCGAGGAAACUAGCCAGUUAGCGUUCACUCUGUUUUUCACAUCCGGGCUACUGGACUUAGAGGUACCUACCCCUAGCCCGGGGGUAACCGACCGGCACGGGUACUUCAUCGAGAACCAGCUCAGGGACUCCGUAGCCAGCAAGGACAGCUCCCUGGGGAUAGAUUCAAAAACUAUAGAAAUUGUUGAACACAUUCCAAGUUCUUCAUUAUCAUCAACGACAGCUUCAUCAACAUCAGAAACAACAUCGUCAUCAGUAUCAACAUCAACGACAUCACCAUCAACAUCAUCAGUGGCACCAUCAACAUCAACUCUUUCCACAACAGCAUAUCCAUCUUCGUCCGUUACAACACAAACGACGACGACAUUAAAGAGUACUACUACUACGGUGCCGUUACCUCCACCGCAAUGUUCCCCUCUUGCCUUCGAACUGUGCCGCAGCGUCGGUUACAACGUCACCUACUUGCCCAACAUGUGGGGGAGCCCUACAGAAGACCAGGCCAUCUCACAUUUCUACCAGAUCGUCAACAACACCCUGCAGUCUGAAUGCUCCCCUCUCACUCUGUUUUACUUCUGUGGACUUUUCUUCCCUGAGUGCAACAUUUACCAUCAAUUUAUCUACCCUUGUGUCGAAGUGUGUGAGGCUGUCAACCGAAAUUGCAUCGAGGAAAACACCCUUCGCAUUAACUGCAGCUUCUACAACACCACUAAUCCAUGUCUGUCACCACCGUCCUCGCUCACAACGACGGUAGCACCUGUCACCACCACUCGACCUGACUCUUGUACAGCUUUGACUUCCGACACUUGUAGAAACGUGGGCUACAACCGGACUUUUCUUCCUAAUGUGAUGCUUCAUGGUUCCAUGGGGGAUGCUGUGGACGGCUUCAACAUGCUUCCGGAAACAAUGGUGAACUCCAAUUGUUCCCACCUUGUGACUUUCUACCUCUGUGGAUUAUACUUCCCUGAGUGCAGCGAGGAUGGAAAACCGUUAUAUCCUUGCAAGUCUGUGUGUGAAGAGCUUGCUGCCACCUGUGGGUCGUCCGUUACCAUGUUUGGCUGUGACUUCCAUGACAGGUACGACAACUGCAUCGCUGCACCCAACAACAACAACUACUACUACUACAACUAUUACCACGACCACUACUGUACCAACUACAACAACACCAGCUGUGGGUAUAAAUGCAUCGUGUUUGAAGAAGAGUUAUGUAACAAGAUCGGAUUUAACCGGACGCGCCUGCCCAACGUGUUCACAUCAGCUACAAUAGACGUUGCCAAACGGUAUUUCGCCGGAUUUCCGAAGAGUAUAGUCCAUGCAGAGUGCUCCCCCUUGACUGAAUUUUAUAUCUGUGGUUUAAUAUUUCCAAAAUGUGGAGAUGACGGGCAGAUGCUGCAGCCGUGUAGAAAUGUCUGCCAAGCGAUACGGCGAGACUGUACUACCUCAGUGUCCCUGUUUGACUGUGAAGGGGAGAUGUUCAGCGACACUAACUGCCUCAAGCCUCCACCUGAACUACUUACAACAACAACCACAUCGACAACAACCACGUCGACAACCACAACAACAACGACAGCCCAUCCUGCGGUCUGUACAAACAUGGCACCGUUUACCAAAUGUGCAGAUUUGGGGUAUAACACGACCAUAUUUCCAAAUCUGUUUGGAGAUAGAACCAUGGCUACUGCAGUUGUAAACUUUGAUUCUUUUGCGGGACCAAGUCUUCAGAAUAACUGCUCCUCCAUCGGACUCGACUUCUACUGUGCCCUGCUCUUCCCUAGAUGCGAGGAAACACCUGGCUUCAAGGGGAUGCAACCUUGCAAAGACUUUUGUGACGCUGUGGUGGAGAGCUGUGCGAGUUACAUGCCCUUUCCAUUUGAUUGUAACUACCUCCCAACCGACCGGACCAAGUGCAUCGGAGCGCCCUACACCCCACCCACUCCGGGACCACCUCAGUGUGUGAACCAGACGUUUGGUUACUGUCGAGAGGAAGGGUUCACCAACACCCGCCUCCCUAACUGGUUCUCGGAGACAGCCUCGGGGUCAGUGGUGGCCUACAACCAGUAUGGCAAGUCCACUAUAGAGUCCGGUUGUUCCUACAUGGCCAAGUUCUUCUACUGUGGGAUAUUCUUCCCCCAGUGUGAAGAGGACGGAAAUGUCACCUUACCCUGCCGGAGCGUGUGUGACGAAAUGACAGCUAAGUGUGGCUCAGUGUGGAGUUUCCCCAUGGACUGUCGAGUGUUUCCCAAUGACACAGAGAAGUGUCUCCACCCCCCGGCCCCACCCACUACAACCACAGCAGUGGCCCCUCCCACCACCCAACCCCUAGCUGGGUGUCGACGGAUGACGGUGGACCUGUGCAAGGUGUUCGGCUACAACAUAACCUACCUCCCCGACGGCUGGGCCUACACGUCCCUGGAGGAAGCCUUCAAGGCGUAUGAGAAUUACGGGGAAAGGGGCGUGGCUCUCGGGUGUUCCCAGAACGCCAUGUUUUACUUCUGCUCCGUCCUGUUUCCACCGUGUGUUAACGGCAAGAAGCAGAUGCCAUGCAGGGACAUAUGUCAAGACAUCAACGACAACUGUCUGUGGACGAAAGACCUGUUCCGGCAAGAUUGUGCUAUUCUGUCUGAUCCAAACGAAAGCACCUGCAUCAGACCUCAGCCGAAAAGACAAUGUAGGUCGGACGAAUUUUCAUGUUUUGGCACCAACAAGUGUGUACCGAAGUACUCCGUCUGCGACCGAAACAACGACUGUGGCGAUUGGUCGGAUGAGAAGAACUGUCCGGCCUGCAAUGAGUUCCAGUACAGGUGUGAGAUGGGGUUCUGCAUCAAGUCCUAUCAGAGAUGUAACGGCGUAGUUGACUGUCCAGACCGGAGUGAUGAGAUCAAUUGUACGUGUAAUAAUGGACAAUACCCCUGCACUGAUGGGACCUGUAUAAUGUCGGAGUGGGUAUGUGAUGGAGACAACGACUGCAGCAACGGGAAGGAUGAAGCUGACUGUGGUGCGUGCAGGAGGUCAGAGUUCGCCUGUCGGAGUGGCGAGUGUCUGCCGCUAGACCAGCACUGUGACGGCACUCCUCAGUGUGUUGACCACUCGGACGAGAGCCAGUGUAUCUUUGCUCCUGAAGAAAAGCGUCCGUUCAGCCUGAAGUUCGAGCAGGAAGGUCUGAUCCCAGUGUGUGCCUCGAACUUUAACGCCACUCUGGCGGACCUGGCCUGUAAGAAGCUGGGGCACACAGGUCAUCAAGAAUGGCGGACGGUCAGGCAUGUUGUAUUUGCCUAUGCAGUCAUUGAUGGCGUGGGUCCAGAGACAACUGUCAUCGGGCGUGCCACAAUCAGAGGAAGCUGUCCUGGUUCAUCGGCAGUAGUUUUAAAAUGUCACCCUAAAGAAUGUGGACAUCCAAAACCCCACCGCGUCUCCUACAUUGUCAACGGCAACAACGCCAUCGUCGGAGAUUGGCCUUGGCAGGCCUCCAUACAGAGGAAGGGAAAACACUUCUGCGGGGGCGCCCUCGUCAGCCCCAACUUCAUCGUCACGGCCGCUCACUGUGUAGAGGCCUACACAAGCGACCACAGAAACAUUGAGGUGGUUCUUGGAGCCUCUAACGUCAGUGCAAAGGAACCACAGCAACAACGCCACAACGUCAAGAGUCUGACCAUCCACAACCACAUCUACCACCAGAAGAACGACAUCGCCCUUGUCGAGAUCGACGGCACCGUCAACUACACCGACUACAUCCGGCCUAUAUGUCUUCCGGGCAAGGACGAUGUGUUCACGAAGACUACCAAGUGUUUCGCAGCCGGAUGGGGAAUGACCAAGGCAGACGGCCCUGCCUCCCAGUGGUUGAAGGAUGCCAAGAUGCGACUGUGGAACACGGCCAAGUGUAACGGGUCCUACGCCUGGAACGGUGCUAUCAGCGAGACCCACCUGUGUGCCGGCUACUACUCAGGCCUCAUCUCCAUCUGCGUGGGUGACAGUGGCGGCCCUUUGAUGUGCCAGACUAAUGACAACAACUGGAAGUUGGUGGGUGUGGCCAGCUACGUGGCCAGAGGCUGCAACGUCCCCGCUCGCCCAUCUGUCUUCAGUGACGUGAACGUCUUCAAAGAGUGGAUUGAAGACAAAAUAGAGUGCAAGUUCCGCUGCAGGAAUGGCAACUGUAUAUUUGACCGGGAGAAACUAUGUGACCGGAAGAACGACUGUGGAGACAACUCGGACGAGAUCGAACUCUGUAACACCUCUGUCAACUGCACAUUUGAUGACAAGUUUCUGUGUGGUUACAACGGCAGCUGGCAUCUUCGCACUCAGAGCGACUACGACAACCGUUAUCCACUUUACGACCACACAUACGGCGCCUAUCCAGGUAUGUUUAUGAUCGCCAAGUCUCGCGGGAAGACCCUAGCGUCCCCCCGUUUCACCAUCAACACCACCCACUGUGCCAGCUUCUACUACCACAUGCGGGGACCAGUAACUGGCGGACUUCAGGUGUGGACUCACAGGCUACCGGAACAGGGUCAGAAUGACUGGUUACCCGUCUUCCGAAGGAACCAGUACAUGGGCGAAGACAACUGGGUGCGGGGGGAGUUCACAAUCACCCCUGACUCCUAUGAGAUUGUCUUCUUCUCUGAUGAGCAGGGUAGGAUUGCUGUCGAUGAUUUCAUGCUGGUACCUGGAGCCUGUGCCGACAGUGGUUGCCCUGACGACAUGGUGGCGUGUACUUCCGGUCUCACACUGCAGUGUAUCAAGAAGAGCAUGCAGUGCAACAUGGUGGCUGACUGUGAGAAAGGGGAGGAUGAGUCGCGGUGUACGGCGCCAUCUUUGUCAUGUGACUUCGAGAGCGGGCUGGAGUGUGGACUGAGACAGGCGACGGAUGAUGACACACAUGCCGAAUGGAGAAUGAUGAAUGCCUCAAUCUCGGACAGAAAGGUCACUGACAAUACCUUCCGGAACGCAUCAGGUGUCAUGCUGCUGUUGGACACCAACUAUCUUCUGGAGGACAAGGAGGUGAAGAUGCACCAGAAUCUCAUCCUCAACCAGCCCAACAGCUGUCUCAAGUUCAGUUACUACAGCAAGUCACCAGGUUCCAUGGAGAUUACGUACACUAGGAACGGUUCCGGUGUCGCCAAUCUCCUAUGGGAUAUCAAGAACAGGCGAACCCUCGGUUGGGCGAACACGCAGGUGGACAUCCCCGUCUCCGGCAGCAUCAAGCUGGAGUACACCGUCAUCGGUGGUGUAUACGACCUCACCUACAAACCCUUCAUUGCAAUAGACGACAUCCACAUAACUGAGGGAACCUGUGGUCUGUUUGACUGUGAACCAGACCUGAUGCCAUGUACUUCUGAGAACUAUUGCCUACCGAUGACCAGUUUCUGCGACCGUCGUGUUGAUUGUAAUGACGCCAGUGACGAAGCCGGAUGUACAUGCACUCCGGAAGAGUUCAAGUGUCCUGACGGUCCAUGCAUACCGAUGGAGAAGACCUGUGACCGGCACAAGGACUGUUUGGACGACAGGGAUGAAGCAGAUAUAUGUGCGCAUCUUGUGUCCGUCAGCUGUGAUUUUGAAAACCACUUUCUCUGUGGUUACACAUUUAACGAUACAGCCUAUAAGUGGGCGCAGCGUGCAGGGGAGACAAUCACGCCCAGCACUGGACCAAAGUCGGACCAUACCUACGGAAAUAAAACAGGUCAUUACAUCUACGCUGACGGCACCGAUGGGGUCACAAAUGCGGUAACCACACUGGAGUCGCCUACAUUCGCCUCCACCGGCAACGGCGUUGUGUUCUACUACCAGAUCUACAGCGCGUUCCAACAGUACCCUCAGUUCCGGAAGAUGCACCUGGGCAACCUGACGGUGAAAGUCCAGGACAAUACUAAUGGCGCCGUCACGGUUAUGUUUCAAGACAAAGCCGAUGGCAAUCAGAGAUGGAAGCAUCACUGUGUGGACCUACCUGUGUCGCAGAACCUCACACUGAUAUUCGUAGCGCAGAGAGGCAAUAGGACGCAAGCCGAUGUGGCACUGGAUGAUGUGAAACUUUUAAGUAACAGUUGCAGGGACGAAAUCAUCAAUCCUCUUCCCACAAUCGCGACAACUGCCGCACCAGGAGACGGUUGCCAAGAAGGAAAGCGGAUGUGUAACAAUGGGAUGUGCGCCCCUAAAGAAUACUUCUGUGACAGUGUCCCGUACGAUUGCGUGGACAACAGUGACGAGCUCAACUGCUAAACACGUGUACAUUUUGCCUGCUUUAUUCUGUGAUAUCUCGGAAAACAACCACCAGCAGAUCUGAAACAUCGGUAAAAAUCCAGUACUCCAAA